CACACGCGCGAUGGCAGACGCUGAAAUCCAGUCGCUACAUUACUCAGUUGGAGUCUUAGGAAUCUCUGGUGGCUCUUUGCUGCUUCUGGUGAAUGGAUAUGGCAGCGUGUCAGGAGACAGCCUCAUCUCCAGCACAGCUCUGGGAGUUCUGCUCCUCAUUAUAGCUGCCCUGCUGGCAUAUUCUGGUGUGCGACGCAGCCUGUCUCCUGAUCCUCUCUUCACGUGUUUGUGCUUGACAGUGUCUGCCCUGUGGUGUGCUUCUGGUCUUGUGUACAUUCUGGUGGGGGAGGGCUAUGUAAACCCCACUCAGGGGCUCAGAAAUGCCAUGAUACCUGGCCUAGCAGCCUUCACAUUAGCCCUAUUCAUCCUGGCCCUGGUGGCUAUUUUAGCCAAGAAGGUGGUGCUCUUUAUCAUCGCUCUCACUAUCAGCUUAGCCUGUGCCCAUCAGAUAGCUGGCCUUGCUAACGUUAGCUUUGGACAGGGCGCAACGGCCGCUAACUACCUCUUAGUGUGCUUUGUCGGUGCAUAUUUCGGCACUGGGCGCCUACUCUCGUAUGUCACACGCGGUGAUAUUCAGCUUCCCGGUACCGGUACAGACAAAGCCAGCCAGACCCAGACGCAGCAGGGUCUGGAUAGCGGCGAUGUGGAGGCCGUGGGCCUGGUCAUGAACCUGCUUGCGGCUAGCGUGCUAGCCUGCCCCCUGCUGGGCGUGGUCCCCAAGCUGUUUGUCGGCCACGUGCCGUGGCUGUGGACGGCAGGCGUAUUCCAGUUGGGCGUCUGUGUCCUCUGCUACCGUGGCCUAAACAUCUACUCCGCCACCUUUUACGGCUUCAUGGCCAUCCUGAGGUUUGCCGAGGGCUACAGCGCCCUGGUGGCGAAUCUGACCGGCACACAGCCGUACUCCCCCGUCCCCUUCCCCACCGUAUUCGCCGUCCUCUUCUUUGUCCUGGCGCUGUUCAGCGUCCGGAGAAGCGUGGCGGACAGCGUCUACCAGCUCUUCUUCGUAGCGUACAGCAUCGCGGUCGCAGCUCAACCCCGGGGUUUCUUCCAGGGCGGGACGCAGGGCGUGCAGGCGGCCAUCUUUGUGGCGACAGCCCUCAUGCUCCUGGUCAGCAUCAACAACAAGGCGUCGCCGUACAAAGUGCCCACGGGCGACGGCCUGCUCAAAUCCCUCCUCACGCGUACCAGCUUCAUUUCUCUGAUGCCGCACGACAAAGACUUCCACGCGCCUUACCUCGGCUACUCCAAGUAUGCCGACGCUGAAAUCCUGGGCCACGCGUCCAGCGUGCUGGCCGCCUUUGCCAUCACGGCGACGGUGGGCGCCGAGGGGCCCCUGGCUGUGCUCAUCUUGCCCUGGGCGGUGGUGUCCGGCGGCCUGCUGCAGCUCCUGUGUGGCUCGGUGGCCUUCUCGCGAGGCAAGACCCUGGAGAGCGCCGCCUUCAUCAUGUACGGCUUUAUGUGGACGGUGUGGGGGCUGACGCGCUUUGGCGGGCUCUACGGCUGCACACGCGGCUUCAGCGUCGCCGUGGGCAUCAUCAGCUUCAUGCUCUUCAACUGCCUGGUGACGGUCGGGGCGCUGUACCUGAGUGUGGCGUGGUUCGCCUACGCCUUCACCUUCCAGCUAAUCCUCAUCAGCUUCCUGCUGGACGCGGUCGGCGCGCUACCCUACGGCUACGACAUCGGCGUCACCAUCAUCUUCGGCCUGGUCAGCUUCUACUGCUUCCUGGCCAACCUCUUCAACAGCACGUUCCAGAAGCCACAGAUGCCGCUGGGCACCCCACUCAUCAAGCUGGGGGGCACGGGCAGAGAGAAAUGCCCCCACCUGACAUCCAGGAAGGCCACAUCUGUGAUGGAGAUUGCAGAGAUCAUGAAGAAUGGUGGCAUAUGUGGGAUGCCAACUGAUACGGUCUAUGUACUAGUAGCAGCUUGUAAUCGCCCCGAAGCUGUUGAAAAAGCCUACAAGACAAAGCAGCAUGCUGGAGACCGUCCCAUGUCCCUGUGGGUGUCGUCCAUUAAGCAGCUGGAGCCAGUGAGGGACCAGAUCAACCCUCUGCUCUGGGACCUCAUGGAGGCCGCAUGGCCCUCCUCCAUCAGCCUCGUCAUCCCACGAGCGCCCUGGAUGGAUUUUUUUGGUCUGAAAGACUCUUCAAAGUACAUUGGCACACCACAAAGUAUUGCCAUCAGAAACCCAGACUGCACAGUGGCAACACAGCUCAUUAGCCUGGUCGGACCAAUAGCAGUGACUUCAGCCAACCCCACAGGGGAAGCAGACACGACUCAUCAUAACCAGGUGUAUGCUAAAUUGGGAGACAAGGUGGAGGGGGUACUUUGUGAUGGGCCUUCGCCAGAGAACAUCGCCUCCACCGUGGUAGACUGUACCAAGAUUGAGAGUGGCAACAUCGGCUUCUUCAGAGUCGGACUCAUCCCAAAGUCACAGGUGUUGCAGUUGUUUGAGGAGGUCCAGAGGAAGCACGUUCGGGGGCAGAUGAACCCCGGGUUCGAGACAGACCUCAGCGACUCAGUGGGAAGCCAGAGACAGGCAGGCGAGGAGGAGACACCAGCAGAGGAGGAGACGACAGCAGAGAUGGACGACUCACUGGACACCAACUCAGCAUCAGACGACUCCCUUUAGAUGUGAAUGUCACACACAAGCAUGAGUUAAUAUUCCAGUCUUGUUUUACUAGUGGCCAAAGAAGGGGUCUCAGUUUGUCUCAUUGCUUUACUUCAUUAAACUACAUUACAGAGGCAUUGGGUUUGAACUUGGUCCAUGAAUAAAAAAAAUCCUUCUUUUUAAGUAUUAUAGAAUACUGUAUAUGAGUGGAGAUUAAUUUGAUAUUUUCCUAAUUCCAUAAUCCAAAAUGACACAUUGAUUGAAGUUUAAAAAGGGUCAUAUGUAGGAUAAGUUAACCUGAAGUUUAAAGAAUGUUGUGUAGCAUGUCAGAUCAAAUAAAAAUGUUACCACACUUGUUAUAUGUAAUGCCAUCUACCAUACUGUAUGUUACUUGAUCAACGUGCAAUAUUUGAUCAAAGUGCAAUAUUUAAAUUAUUUUCAUUGUUAUAGGGCUAUCAUUAUUAUUAAGGCUUAAAUUCUGUUGAAAUCAAAUGUAUAUAGAAGUGCAUAUCUAUUGUAAAUAGGAUAAAAACAAAAUCAGUGAAACACUGCUGGAAGUUUUUGUAAAUGCUUUUUUGUAUAAUAAAUAUAAUGCUAUUUGUCAAGUGA